AACCGGCCUGCGAUGGUCUCUGUCUGGAUGCCCGAGGGUAGUGUGCUCAAGUACAUGGCGGAGAACUCGCCUGUUUCGGGCUACGCGAUCUCGUUGGCAAGUGACCUUCCGCGUCGUGUGAUUGAGCUGACGGGUUGCACAGCUUACAAACAUUGCGGAAGGCCUGGCAUAUCUGCAUUCAUCCAAUGUCAUCCACGGAGAUCUCUGCGCUGUAAGCCUGCGACCAAAACUGCUCGCACGCCCCAGACUGAACUGCAUCGCAGCGGAACGUGCUCGUCGACAAAGGGAGGGCGAUGGUGACCGACUUUGGGCUGGCGGGAUUCAGCGA